AUUGAAACACUGCCGUUACACGUAAAAUGUCAGUACGUGAAAGCGAAUUCAAUCUAAAAGAUGCAGGUCUACAGAACGUGCACAGUAUUGCAGUCUAUGUGAGGAGCAUUUACUGGCGAAGAUUUUUCAAUGAGAGACCAACACUGUACUCACACGCCGCUACCAGUAGACUCAAGUUUGGACUCUGGUCGCAUGGUCACGGAGUACCAGGCCAGGUUCUUUGUCCACAGCUCCCCAGCUGUCAAGAAGUUGAGAAAGCCUCCAGAGAUCUGGAAGGAAGGAAGGGUGACUAACAUGCCAGCAUUCAGGUCAGACGUGAAAAGGAGGGUCCCAAAGGUCACAACGGCCCACCAAGUCCCACCUGAGGGGUCCAUGAAGCACACCAGUACAUAUGUGCAUGACUACAAAGCAUACUCCAUCCAGCGGAAUACAGUGACCAAGACCGCAGAGUACAAUCCCCCAUCUGCAAAGAUGGAUGUCCGGUCCUCAUACAAAGAGGAGUUCCGAUCCUGGGACGCUCCAUUACAGCGAAGUGUCAGGACCAACUGCAACCUGAAGCUGAGCCACAAGUUUGACAAGACCAUCCCAUUCCAGGAGCACAGCCGCCCAAAGGCUACCAACACUGCCGGAAAGAGCUGGAAGGUCACUCCUGCUGGAGAAAAGGCCUUGCCUUUCGAGAGCGCGACCAGUUACAAACUGCAUUAUAUCUGCCACCCACCACAGCCUAAAUGGCCCACCCAGCAGCUAGUGUACAAGCCCAGCGUCAGCCCCCUCAGCUGUGUCACCACUUACAGACAUGACUACAGGUGUCUGCAGGUAGAUGUGGCCAAGCCAAUCAGAUCCACCUGGGAGGGUAUCCCCACCACCAACCAGGGGUGUGCCAAAUUGUGGGACAAGUGUAAGACAUGGCCACUGAGGCUGACUUGUGGGCGGAGAGAAGUGGUGGACUCCUCUCCCAAGGAUGGAGUGGAGUCCAUUCCCACCACUCAUACUGACUUUGUGGUGCAGCAGUGCCAAGCAAUGGCAGGUACAAACACCCCCAAACAGGACGGGACCAUGGAGAAGGUGUCCUUAGAGGCCAUCUCUACCACGGGAGAAAAGCACCGGUACUGGGAGGCCAAGAAAGUUCUCCCAAUAACACAGGUGAAGGAACCAAACAAACUAGAGGGGCUCUCGAAGAACACCACCGCCUGUCCAUGCUGGAACAUGCCGAAAACCUCGGCGCUCCCACAUAGCUUUCAGCCCAAUCAUCGAUCGGUUCCUGGCGAUGCAGCCUCUACCGCCCGUGACGUCAUUAAGGAGAUCCAGCCCUGCUCUGAAAAUGGCGGCAGGGCAGCCCGGGCCGAUGGAAACAGACCCCAGCGCACAACGUCAGCAAGGGAGCGCGGCACAGCCCACGCAGAUAAGACCCACAGCAACAAACCUAAAUGCAGCCAUAGCCCCAAGACGACACUUACUGUCCAGUCAGCUGUCCUGACCAGAGUGAAGAAGUCGAUCUAGAUUAACGCUAAUAUGCACAGGAAUUUUUUUCCCCCUGAUAAUUUAUAAAUUCAGUUUUUCUAUAGCCAUUAUGCAUCAAGGGGCUGAUUUAAUGUGCAAGUGUUUGGACAGUGGUACACUGACUUUUUGGUCUCUAAAAUGGGCAGACCAUCUAUAAAGUGGGAUGCAAUUCCUACACCGUUCACCUGAUGUACAUACCCACAAAUUAAAGGUGACAAUCUGCACUUGAACCUCAGUUUCACUUGAAAUCCAAAGUGCUGGGUUAUAGAACCGAAACAUAUUGUAGCACAGUCCAAAUGCUUAGACUACACUGAAUAAUGUAUAUAUAUAUAAAAAUAUGUAUUCUCAUUUUUACAAAAAUGCAUGGUAUUUUAUAUAAGCGUUUGGUGUAUGGAAAACUAACAUUUUAUUUAAGAAAUGAAUGUCAUAACUCAUGUAACCAAACUCAUGGUACAAACCGUAUUUUUUGUAUUCAAGACAUUAUUGCACCAGUAAGUGUUAAGUGUUGUACAUGACAAUUUAAGAGGAAUAGGUUUAACAUCCUGAUCUUAGAAGGAAAGCUACCAAGUGGAAAAUGUAACUAUGGGUUGGACCUUUAAGACAGAAGUGUGAGCAUUUCCCAAAUAUGCUAGCACUCACUCAGUACAACUUUUUAUUAAUCGAAAAAUAAUGGAAUUCAUGUACUCUGUAAAAGGGGCCAGAAAAAUAACAGUAAUAAAAAAAGUUACCAUAUUUACAUUA